AUGGGGAGUUCAAGUACAAUAAAAUCAUUAACCACUGAAGAUGCCAAUAUGUAUCUGAAAGAAAUAAAAAUUGCGUUUAAAGAUGAAAUGUACAAGUACCAUGAAUUUCUUAGAACCAUGAAAGAUUUUCAGAUAAGAAGAAUUGACAUAACAGGUGUGAUGGCAAGAGUUGAGAAAUUAUUUCAAAGGCACGAAGAAUUACUAUUUAAAUUUAGUAUGUUUUUGCCUGAUGGAUUUGAAAUGAAACCUCCACCAAAAAAGUCUAAGAUACCAGUCGUGAGUGUGAGUAAAGAAGAUGCUAAAGAAUAUUUGGGCAAGGUGAAGACUCGAUUUCAAAGUCAACUUUACGUAUAUGAUAUAUUUCUAGCCAUAAUGAGUAUGUACAGAAAUAAAGAUAAGAGUCUUGAGGAGAUCUAUGAAAUGGUUGUUUCAAUUUUUAAGGAUCACCCUGAUCUUAUUGAUGGAUUUAUGAAUUUUCUUCCAUAA